AUGCCUUCCCACCUCAGGCUGCAAGCUCAAUUCGAGCCAUUCUCAGCAAACGCAAGUUACCAGACAUCGCCUACCUCACCACCAUUGAAGAAGCAAAGGAUGUCUCUCACACAGACCUACUACGUAGCAUCGACUGCCAGGUCGAAGCUUGGCCGUGAAGCCAACAAGUCUGACCACAACCUGAGGUUGUUGGUCGGCCACGCCAACCUCCUCGACUCCCUCAUGCUCGAGCUUUCCUCUGCCGAGCAAGAACAAGAACGAUGGUUCAACGAGUCCGUCCAGAAGGCCAACAAGCCCGAUCAACCAAAGCAUAUCCAAUGGAUCGACACCAUUGCAGAGGCCGAGGAGAUGGAAGAGGAUGACGAGAGCGACGAAGAGAGCGAGUACGAGGACGACGACGAGAUCUUCAACAUUCCUCUCCGCAAGGUCCGAAGCCCACCAGUCGUCUUCGAGUCUGCCGACGUCGACAUGGACGAAUUUGAUGAGGAGGAGGAAGAUGAUGAUGACGAGGAGGACGACGAGGAGCACGCUUUGACUCGAGUACCAUCGAGCCGACACUCACCACCAGAGCUCGUCGACGAUUCAGAAGAAAGUGACAGCGAGGACGAAUCAAUGCCCACAUCACCCGAGUCAGAGGAGUUCAAGCUCAAUGACAAGCAAAGACAACAGAUCACGACAACCGCCUUCUACGAUGUCAAGGCCCAGCGCGGUCUCGAAGACUACAUCAUGCAGCAAGCACAACAACCACAGGCACCGCUCAUCGCCGCCUAUUGA